AUGGCGGACCAACUAGGACACAAUAAAAUAUAUAAAUAAAUCUUUAAGUAAUUAUUGACGCAUUUAAAAUGGAAAUACAUAAAAGUGUCAUUAAAAUUAAAAUGAAAGUUAAAAUAAAUACAAAAAUUCAAAUUGAAAAUGAAUUAAAAUUAUCUAAUCGUCUAAUGUACGUGUUGUAUGGAGGACCAAAAUGGGACAUUUAAGUAUUCAUUUAAAGAUUGAAUUCAUUCUGUCGCCCAUACAGAAUACGCGGUUGUGUUUUUAAAAGUCAAAAACCGGCACAAAAUGUUCUUAUAAACAAACAAAUUCAACCUUUUCAUAACUUCUGUCGUGGCGUGAAAUGACUUACAAAAUUAGCAUGAGGGUCCAACCGGAAGAGCUCCUUCUUUAACCCCCUAUCUUUUAAUAGCAACGGCAGUUCCACCCACUUACCCGCCGCCAUGGUUGUCCUCUCUUUCUUCAAUACUGGACCAGAAGAAGUGGAGUGGACGGGUCGACAUGUCUAUCGACGGGCUGCAGAAGUUCGACAGCCCCGACAAAGGUCGAGGCCUUCGGGUUAGCAAAGCCUUCCAGGCCGGGGAGCUGCUCUUCUCCUGCCCGCCUUACAGCUACGUGCUCGCGGCCAACCAGAAGGGAGACUACUGCGAGUUCUGCUUCAACAGGAAGGAAAGCCUGGCGAGAUGCGGGAAGUGCAAGAAGGCUUUUUACUGCAACGUCAAAUGUCAGAAGGGCGACUGGGCGGCGCACAAGCUAGAAUGCUCGGCGAUUCUAGCCUUCAGGGAGAAAUGGUGUCCGUCGGAAACCGCCCGACUGGUAGCCCGAAUCCUGGCUAGGAAGAAAACGCAGAAAGAACAAUGCUCAUCUGAGAGGAUUUUACUCAUCGGGGAGAUGCAAUCACACGUAGACGACAUGGACAACGCCCAACGAGAAAACAGCCAGGCGGACGCGGCCGCGUUACAUCGCUUUUACUCCAAACAUUUGGACUUUCCCGACUCGAAAGAACUACUUUCGCUGUUCUCGCAGGUGUCCUGUAACGGCUUUACGAUAGAGGACGAAGAACUGUCUCAAAUCGGCACCGCGGUCUACCCGGACGUGGCGUUGAUCAACCACAGCUGCCUUCCUAGCGUGAUGGUGACAUUCAACGGUACGACUGCUGAGGUGCGCGCCGUCAAGGACAUGAAGCCUGGAGAUGAAGUGUUGAUCAGCUACAUCGACCUGCUGUACCCCACGGACGACCGCAACAGCCGGCUGAAGGAGUCCUACUACUUCACUUGCCAUUGUGGCGAAUGUCAAACAAGAUCCCAAGACGAGGUGAAGCUACAAGUUCGCCAACGUGGCAAAUCGCCCGAGGCGGUGAGCGCCACCUUGUGCUACGCCCGUAAAACCAUCAACGACUUCCGGGACCUCAAACUUGUCCAAACGCCUAGCGAGCUUCUGGAGACGUGCCAGCGCAGUUUGGAGCGGAUGAGGCAAGUGCUGCAUGACCACAACGUGUUCGUGCUGCACAUGAUGUACCAGGCCAUGGGCGUCUGCGUCUACCAGGGGAAACUGGAGGAUGCCGUGCGCUAUGGCGAGAAGAUCAUCCAACCUUUCAGCCAGCUGUACCCCGCCUUCUCCCUCAACGUGUCAUCUUUGUACCUCAAGCUGGGCCGACUUUACUUAGCCUUGGACAGACGUUCGGCAGGCGUCGGCGCGCUCAAGAAGGCAAUGAGUAUCAUGGAAGUGGCCCACGGGAAAGAUCAUCCCUACGUCAGGGAGCUGAGCAAACACAUCGCGCAAGCAAGCAGCGCGGCGCUGACUUACAACUUCAAUUCGUCCUGAGUUCGGAACUCGAAUUACUUGUGCCUUGAUAUGAAUGAGCUGGCAAAAAACUGAUCUUUAAUCAUGUGUUUGUUUUUUUUUGUUUUUUUUAUAAAGUACAAUAUUUUAGUCAAGUCAAAGCAUUACCUUUUUUGUUUUUCAUGAUUUUGGUUUUACAUUUGCAUUUUGUUGCUAUUAUUUGUUUGUCAGUUGUCAAUGGACCCUUUUCUAAAGUUGUCCGAUAAUAUCGGCAUUUUAAAAUGAUAUCGGAUAAUAUCAACUAGACCUGUCCCCAAAACAAAUUUUAGUAGGCAAUAUAUUGUCUCAUGAAUUAUUGCCGAUAUAAGAUAUUAUUGCCAAUUCUGUUUUUAGCCAAUGUAAUGUAGUGACAAUUCAUUCUAAUAAAUCAUCUCCAAA